AUGGCGACAGCAAGAGACGGGAGCCCUGCAAGGACGAGAUCUCGAUCGAGAAGCAGGUCGCCGAACAGGCCGCUGGCUCCCAUCAGUGAGAUGGAAGCACAGAGCCUUUACGAGAAUGGUGUGCCGCCCUCGCUGGUGAGGCACAUCGGUCUUGCGAUGAGGGCAAUUGACCACUACAAACGGCAGGAUGCUGGCUGGACGACUGCGGUGCUGCGAGAGACACUGCAGGAUACAGUGGAUGCCUUCACCAGAAUGAUCGAGGUACUCGACGUGCGACUGGCAGAGACACCGGUCAACAGAACGCCGCCGGACGAUGAGAGGCGAGAACUCCUGCACUUGAUUUCGGAUGCUGCACGCAACAUCCCUAAAGCUUCGGUGCAGAUCAUCCAGAAUCGCUUGGAGCUGGCAUGGCUGGAUCCGCAUACGCUUCCCUUGCAUGCCCAACCACAGCACCGCUGA